CUCUCUUCUAAUUUGUCCUAAAACCUUUCUUUUCUUUUUCUCUCAGCUCCACCGUCCAAGAAAGAGAGAGACAGAAAGAGAAAGGGAGAGCUUCGUUUCAUUUCAAAAUCUCGAUUUUUGUUUUCUUUUUUGCCCAAAAUACCCUUAUCUUACUUCUCAAUGCCAUAUCCAGGUUAAACGCCGCCACCACAAAGAAAUCCAGACUCCAAACAAUGAUCGUCCGAACCUACGGUCGCCGUAACCGUGGUUUAACCAGGACAUUCUCCAACUCCCUAAACGACGACGUCUCCGACUCCCCUCCAUUGUCCCAAGAAACGUUGCCGUCUCAGGACAUCUACGAUUUCCCUUUCACUACCACCCAGGAAUCCUCUUCCUUAUGGCCGUCCUCUCAAGAAUUCAUCGACGACGACUACAAGAACAAAAUAAAAGCGUCCGUUAAACCAACCCAAAGAAGUUUCGAAUUCGAAGAUCCAAGAAACGGUGUUGUUAGAAGGUCCAAGAAACAGAAGCAAAACCAGAGCAAGAACGAGGUAGGGUAUUCUUCUAUGCCGUGGAUUUCGCCGACUUCGAGUCUGAUGGAGGCUCAAGAAUUCGGGGAAAUGAUGGAGCACGUUGACGAGGUUAAUUUCGCGCUUGAUGGGUUAAAGAAAGGCCAGCCAGUGAGGAUCAGAAGAGCGAGUCUCUUGUCUCUGCUUUCGAUUUGCGCCACUGCCCAACAGAGGAGACUGUUGAGAACCCAUGGGAUGGCAAAAACAAUAAUUGAUGCUAUUUUGGGGCUCAACUUUGAUGACAUCCCAAGCAACCUUGCUGCUGUGGCCCUUUUUUACGUGUUUACUAAUGAUGGUCAAGAUGACCAGCUCCUGGAGUCACCUUGUUGCAUUCGAUUUCUAAUGAAAAUUUUAAAGCCAAUUAUCCCCCCUGCUAAAGAAAACAAAACAGAGAAAGUGGGCUUUAAGCUUUUGGCAUUACGCAAGGAUGCCAAUGUCUCACGGGAUACAAUUAAGGUGUUGGAUUCAAGCUCUGCUGCUAUUAUCUCUAAAGUUGAGGAGAUCCUUGUUAGUUGCGAGGAAAUGAAGUCAAGAUGCGGGGAUGAUAGUGAUGUAAGAAGGCCAGAGUUAAGCCCAAAAUGGAUAGCUUUGUUGACGUUGGAGAAAGCUUGUUUGUCUAGAAUUUCUAUUGAAGAUGCAACCGGUACUGUAAGAAAAACUGGGAGCGAUUUCAAGGAGAAACUACGAGAGCUUGGAGGACUUGAUGCGGUCUUUGAAGUGGCCAUGGAGUGCCAUUCUGUUAUGGAGGGUUGGGUGGAACAGAGUUUAUCUUCUCCUCUUACCGAAGAUAGAAAGGAUGUGCAGAGCCUGGUGCUGCUUUCAAAAUGUUUGAAAAUCAUGGAAAAUGCUGCAUUCCUCAGUAGUGAAAAUCAGAGUCAUCUAAUAGAAAUGAAGGGGAAAUUUAACUCACAUGGACAUCGACUAUCUUUUACAAAGCUUGUUGUAAGUGUAAUCAAGAUUCUCUCAGGGCUUUAUUGUAAGAGUUCUUGUGGAUCAUCCAGUAUAGGAAAGGCUUGUGGUAAUUCUAAAGCUGUGGGUGGUGUUGAUGAAUUUGCUCUAACCACAGAUUGUAAAGUGGAUAGACACGGUAUUAUCUGCCUCAGUUCAUCUGAAAAAUCCUCAAGCAUGGAGUGGUCCUCUGAAAAAAGUUCCAAUGCAUCUCAGAUUGAGCCAGGGCCCUCCACUCAGUGGUUAGGUCAUCUCGUACCUAGUUUUCAAAGUGAGAAUACAUCCACGAAUGAUAGUCGUUUACUAAAGAUGAGAACCCGUUCUUCCUUCGCCAGCUCAUGCAGCGGGAAAUUAGGAAAUUCAUAUGAUGAAAUACCUGUAACAAGUAAUUGGUCAGGGAUUCUUUCUGAGAGGCCUGUCGGUUCAAAAGAUGACAAAUGGCAAGUUUUAGAGGAUAGUCAGGAUCCUUUUGCUUUUGAUGAAGAGGAAUUCGUGCCUUCAAAGUGGGACUUACUCACUGGGAGUAAAAAAACAUCCCAAACUAAAAAGCAUCGGAAACUUGGGCCAAGAAAUAGAGAAAUCCAAAUUGAGCAUCAAUGUCAUACAAUAAGCCAAAAGGAAUUAACUAGUGAGGAAAUUUGUCUGAGAAAAUCUUCCAAUGAAGAAUAUAAUCAUUCUAAUGCAGCUUCUAGUUCUAAAUAUGGUGAAGAAGAAUAUGCCAGCCUUCUUUCUGACUGCCUUCUUGCUGCUGUCAAGGUUUUGAUGAAUUUAACAAAUGACAACCCACUCGGCUGUAAGCAAAUUGCUGCCUCGGGGGCCCUAGAGACCUUGUCUACAUUAAUUGCUUGCCAUUUCCCUUCAUUCUGCUCAUAUUUGCCUCGCAUCAGUGAAAUGGAAGAGAAUUCUCUUUGUGUUGAACUUCACAACCAGAAUGACAGACCCCUUACUGAUCCAGAGUUGGAUUUCCUUGUGGCAAUACUGGGUCUGCUUGUAAACCUAGUAGAGAAGGAUGAACAUAACAGAUCACGGCUUGCAGCAGCUUCUGUUUCUUUACCGGAUUCAGAAGGGUUAAAUGAGGGAAGUCACAUGGCUGUAAUUCCGCUGCUAUGUGCCAUCUUCCUUGCGAACCAAGGAGAAGACGAUGGUACUGGGGUUCUUUCUUGGAACGAUGAGGCUGCUAUGCUACAGGAAGAGAAAGAAGCAGAGAAGAUGAUUUUAGAAGCCUACGCAGCCCUACUACUUGCUUUUCUUUCCACUGAAAGUAAGAGCACACGAAAUGCGAUUGCUGAAUGCCUCCCAAAUCACAGCCUGUCGAUUCUGGUACCUGUGUUGGAGAGAUUCGUGGCAUUUCAUUUUACAUUAAACAUGAUAUCUUCAGAGACUCAUAAAGCCGUGAGUGAAGUGAUUGAAUCAUGUAGGAUACCAUGAGGACUAAUGAAAUAUUUUGUACAGCCUUGUCUUUUAGAUUAGGGUUUUGUUAUAACUGAAUGUCGGUGCCGACGAGGAUCAGAGUUGGCAACACACUGAAUCGAACUGACCCACAGACCUCGUUAUCAACCAUUUGUUUGUUUGUUUCUACCCACAAUUUUUUUCCCUUUUCAUUUUAUUUACAGUAUCAUUCUUUGUAGUACUAUUGCAUCGCGUUGAUGCAGGGCGAGGGUUCAGUGUACAUGGAAGGGAAAAAUAUAAUUAAGAGAAGUUUUCCA